AUGGUCCUAUUGGCCGCCACCCUGACGUCACUGCCUGUCGCUGCCGACGGGCAGAUCACCACCAAGUUAGACAAUCUGGACCUGCACCGGAUCCUCAACAAUGACCGGCUCUUCAACGCGUACGCGGAGCGCCUCCUGUCCGAUGGAAAGGAUCGAUGUACCCCAGAGGGCACAGAGCUGGAGGUGCUCCUUGUGGCAGGCUUGCAGACUGACUGCGCCAAGCGCAACGAUAAUCAGAAGGCGAGGAUGGAUAAGAUCAUCAGGUUCACAAUAGGCAACAAGAAGGACUUCUGGGAGAAGUUGAAGGCCAAGUAUGACCGCGACGACAAAUAUUUCAAGAAUUACGAGCGGCGCUUCAGCUGA